AUGUCAUUAUCCCACCCUCGUCGAAGGACUCCGGUGACUCGCCCGGACUGCGACACCGAGAAUGCCUUGUCUCUUAAGAACAGCUCUACCCUCCGUAAGGGUGCAACCUUUCACUCUCCUACAUCACCAUCUUUGACUUCGGACAUUACAUUUGUCCCUCCUACUCUGCCUCGAGCUCAGUCCCAUUUGGAUGAUGUCGUCGAUGCCAACCGUCGACGUGUGGCCUUGACUCUGAACGAUAUCGACGAGGCUCUUGCCAAGAAUCAAGAGCUCUCUCGAUCAUCCGCGUCAAAGCCCAAGACUCUCCGCGACACCAGUCUUCCCAUUCCUCGCGGCUUCCUCGAAGGACCUAUCGUCGAUCCCAAGAUGACAAAAGAAGAAGAAAGGCGUACCCUGCGCCCCAGAGGUCGCUCUUCGCGGGUUGCUGAAGACCAUUCCGAUAGCGGUUUGGGUACAUCAGUGGCUUCCACAAACGAGAAGCGGGGCGCAGUGACUGCAUCAAAGGAGGCCAAGGUGCAAACACGAUGCCUCACAAGGUCUGCUGCUGCAACUGCGGGGAAACUCCCUUCACUGGGACCAAGAGCUAUUAACCGCAUUCACGAGCACACUUUGCGCCCUUUGUUGGCCAAGCCAACCCUCAAGGAGUUUGAGCCUAUUGUGCUUGACAUUCCCAGGAGAAUUCGAUCCAAGGAAAUCAUCUGCUUGCGAGAUCUUGAGAAAACCUUGAUCUUCAUGGCACCGGAGAAAGCCAAAUCAGCAACCUUGUACCUGGAUUUCUGCCUUACAUCCGUCCGAUGCAUUCAAGCGACAGUCGAAUAUCUUAGCGACCGCGAACAAAUUCGACCCGCAGACCGGCCUUAUACUAACGGAUACUUCCUCGACCUUAAGGAUCAGAUUUUAGAAUACGGAAAACAACUUGCCGCCCAGGCCAACGGCGACGAAAUGGAUAUCGACUCAUCUGAUCAGAUCAAGCUCUUCGGUGGCCUUCUUGAGAACGGUCGUCCUGCUGAGCUCGUCCGUGUUACCAAGGACGGCACGUAUGUUUCCCUGAACACUGGCAAGCCUGUUGAGACAGACGAAGAUGCGCCAAUGAAGGUGAAGCGCUCCCUUAGCCAGCAACUGGAGGAUGAGGAGGAGAUCCAGCGAUCUAUGGCUCGCCGCAAAAAGAACGCUUCUCCUGAAGAACUAGCCCCUAAAAAGUGCCGUGAGCCUGGCUGCAACAAGGAGUUCAAGAGACCUUGCGAUCUUACAAAGCACGAGAAGACGCACUCUCGCCCUUGGAAGUGCCCCGUCGCAACUUGCAAGUACCACACCUAUGGCUGGCCAACUGAGAAGGAGAUGGAUCGUCACCAUAACGACAAGCACUCUGAUGCCCCCGCUAUGUAUGAGUGUUCGUUCAAGCCAUGCCCCUACAAGUCAAAGCGUGAAUCGAACUGCAAACAGCACAUGGAGAAGGCUCACGGCUGGACCUAUGUACGAACCAAGACCAACGGCAAGAAGCUGCCGUCGAUCGCUGGUAGCGUUCAACAGCAAACUCCCCCUCUGGGCAACAUGUCUACACCAUCUUCAAUCGACUACAACAAUGUCCCCACGCCUCCACAAAACGACGUGACACAAUUCAUGGGCAACGACUUUCCUCUUUACCCCACCGACUCUGACUGGAUGUCAGUUAACAACAUCCCCUCUGAGGCAAUGCAUAUGGAUCUGACUCUUGAUUCGACUUCGCCUGCUUCUGCUAGUUCCUACGAGCAGUAUGCACCAUAUCAAAACGGUUCAGCUUUUAUCCUUGACAACGAGGAUCUUUACGCUGCUACUAUGCAACUUCCGGCUCAGUUCCCCUCGCCUGAGCAAGUUGGCAUGUACGGUAACCCUAAGAUGAUGCAACAGCAGCUGCCCAUGUUCCAGCAAGUUCCUCAACAGAUUCCUCAGCAGGUUCCUGUUCAGGCCGUUCCCUCUCAAUUCUCGCCAACUGGUCAGGAGACUGCCAUGCUCUUCACCCCCAACUCACUGAGAGAUGUUGACGAGGGGUUUGAUGACUCUUUUGGUGCAGAUGGUAUGGACUUUCCACUCUUCCCUAGCAGCAAUGGUAUGGUCAAGACCAAUGACUAUCAGCCGCUAUUUGGCGAGAUUCCCAGUGCCAAUAUGGGCUUCUCCCAAAACUCUCAGGACCCUUUCCAAAUGGACUGGUCUACCGUUGAUUUCUCGCAAAACUUUGACUAG